AUGGAAGAAGAACCUUCAACAUCAAGUGGUAUAAAACGUUCUAUACCGCGAGAGUUACAAGAUGAAAUCGAUGCGAUUAUUUCAAAACAACCACGAGCAACAGCAGCAAAAGCAGCAGAUUUAGACGAGAAUCAGAAAAGAUGGUUGGUUGUUGGAAUAUGCCUACACAGCGUAAUAUCCCAAGCCUUGAGGAGUUAUGUUGUUCCAAUUUUAACAAAACUUUGUUAUAAGUUAUCUGUGUAUCAUAGACUCGAAACACAAACAUUUCCAGCACAUUUACAAAAACAUCCACCACUAAACAAGACAUUCCUGAAUUACGAAGGAGUCAACAACAACAAAGUAAAAUAUGGUUAUAAUAAACAAAGGUACGACUACAAGAUCAAGAAUGUUGUGGAUUUGUCCAAACUAUUCCUACAAACACACAUGGCACAUUACACGGGAUUUGAUGACACAUGUGACUCCUCAGCUUUGCUGGGAUUGAUCAUCAACAUUGACCAGUUCGAUCCAGUCGUUAAAUUUGUUGCCGAUGAUGUACGACGAAAUAUACGAAAUUCUUGGGCUCAUUGUGACUUUACUGAAUGGGAUGCUAUCAAGUAUUUUAAUUCAUUCCAACUGAUGAAAAACCUAAUCAAGGACCUUAAACUGAGUCUCAAUGAAGAAACACAUAUCCUCGGAGAAAUAGAAAAAUGGGAGAUGAAUGGUCGACGUUUUCUUAGUGGAACAACUUAUGGUCUUGAAUUAGUUAACGAGUUUCGUCAACAAACACGUGCGCUUGCUGAUUAUUCACAACUGGUAACAACAGAAACAGAUAGCAAUUUUAUAGGGAUGCAGAAGGCACUGAAAAAAGUUGAAAUUCUCCUCCUCCAUAACAUAGACCAGUUAAAGAAAGAUAUAGAGAAACGAUUGUUUGAAAUAGAUAAAGUGCUGGUUGAUCAAGAUACAACGUUGAAAAAUCACGAUACACAAUUAGAGAUACUUAGAGAAAAUAUUAGCCAGUCCGCAAGCCAUGAUUUCCACUUUGUUGAGAUGGAAUUUUGGAAAAAGCAAGAACUAGUGUUCGUUGAAACGCCUGCUGUUAUAAAGGUUUUAAAGUGUCUUGAAUCAGAACAUACUGUUUUAAUAGUAGGUGAACCUGGCAUCGGGAAGAGCAUGUUGAUGCAUCAUGUCGCUUUAAAAAUACAUUCAACAACAAGUUAUUGUAUAGUAUCAUGUUUAGGAAUUCAGGAUAUAUUUAAGCAUUAUAAUAUGGACAAAAGGCAGAUGUUUGUUAUAGACGAUAUUUGUGGACGAUUUACAUCUAGUUUGUCGGACAUUGAAUACUUGAUGAAAAAUGAAGAUACGUUUAAACGGAUACUGGGAAAGGGGAAAACGAAAAUUGUAGCAACAUGCCGUUUAGAUAUUCAUUUGGAGGACACGUUUAGUGAAUCAUGUACUCUUUUCCAAACAAAUAUCUUCAACUUAUCUGAUGAAUAUUCAAAAGAUGACAAGUUAAAGAUAUGCAUGAAGUAUUUAUCAAAAACGAGUUGUGAGUUGUUGGAAGAUCAAAAUGUAGAGUUUACACCUUUAAUGUGUUAUCUAUACUCAAAAAAUGAAGAAUUCAAUUUAACAGAAUUUUUACAUUGUCCUUACGUUACAUACCAAAGAGAAUGGGAAAAGUUUAAAGUAAUGAAUCCACACAAAUAUUGCUCCCUUUUUUUAUGUGUAAUUCACAAUGGCAUUAUUAAGAAGUCAUUGUUUGACACCUUUAAUGAAAGUAAUAACAAAAAUAAAGAUGUCUUGGACAUUAUUUAUGAAAUUUGCAGAGUGAAUCGAGGGACAUCUAGAAGUAAAAUGGAAUCAACUGUCGACAGCAUGAUUGGAACUUUCUUUGUGAAAACAAAAACUGAAUACAGGGUAAUACAUGACAAAAUGUUUGACUUUUUAUGUUCUUAUUUUGGGUCGAAGGAUACGCUGGUCAGAUGUAUAUUGCGUUAUGCAAACAUCCAAGUUUUCAAUGAAAGAACACAACUAGAAUCAAUCAAUGAAAAAUAUGACAAAUUUACGAUAUUAAUAUUAAAGAGUAAUGAACAGGAAUACUUUGAGAGAAUACAAAAUGAUUUACAACAUGGAAAAAUAAAUCAAUGUUUUUGCAAUUCACAAAUGAAACAUGAAAAAUAUAGAGCUAAAUUUCUCAAAGUAUUACAAACAAUAGACGACAACUUUCUUUUUGAACAAAUGUUUUCGAGAAAAUGUUUGCAAUAUACUUCCAAACUUAAAGAAAAUGUUGAUGCUGAACCAAAUAUAGAAGUCGAUGUAGAUUCUUCAGAUGCUGAUGAUAAUUGUGAGAUGUCAGAACCUUUAAUAACAUCAUGCUCUCGGGGAUAUCAUGAUAUUGUUCAAUUUUUUAUGACCAAAUAUGUUGAUCUUAAGAACUAUUAUUCAUUUAUAACACCUUUGACAGCUGCUUGUCGGGGAGGAAAUGAGAAUAUAGUCCAGUUACUUAUUGACAAAGGAUGUGAUGUUACCCAGGCUGAUUGUACGAAUCAUACACCUUUGACAUAUGCUUGUUGGGGAGGAAAUGAUACAAUAGUUCAGUUACUUAUUGACCACGGAUGUGAUGUUACCCAGGCUGGUGGUAUGCGGCAAACACCUUUGAUAGCUGCUUGUGAGGGAGGAAAUGAUAAAAUAGUUCAGUUACUUAUUGACAAAGGAUGUGAUGUUACCCAGACUAAUGUUAUGGGGAAAACACCUUUGACAGCUGCUUGUGAGGGAGGAAAAGAGAAAAUAGUCCAGUUACUUAUUGACAAUGGAUGUGAUGUUAACCUGGUUGAUGAUAUGGGAGAAACACCUAUGACAGCUGCGUGUUUUGGAAAAAAUGAGAAGAUAGUUCAGUUACUUAUUGACAAAGGAUGUGAUGUUACCCAGGCUGAUGGUAUGGGGGGAAAAACACCUUUGACAGCUGCUUGUAUGGGAGGAAAUGAUAAAAUAGUUCAGUUACUUAUUUACAAAGGAUGUGAUGUUACCCAGGCUGAUGGUAUGGGGGGAAAAACACCUUUGACAGCUGCUUGUAAGGGAGGACAUGAUAAAAUAGUUCAGUUACUUAUUGACAAAGGUUGUGAUGUUAACCAGAUUGAUGGUAGGGGGUCAACACCUUUGACAGCUGCUUGUGAUAACGGAAAUGAUAGAAUAGUACAGUUAUUUAUUGACGAAGGAUGUGAUGUUACCCAGGAUGAUGGUCAGGACAGAACACCUUUGACAGCUGCUUGUGAGGGAGGAAAUUAUAAAAUAGUUCAGUUACUUAUUGACAAAGGAUGUGAUGUUACCCAGGCUGAUGGUAUGGGGGGAACACCUUUGAGAGCUGCUUGUAUGGGAGAAAAUGAUAAAAUAGUUCAGUUACUUAUUGACAAAGGAUGUGAUGUUACCCAGGCUGAUGGUAUGGGGGGAACACCUUUGACAGCUGCUUGUAUGGGAGAAAAUGAUAAAAUAGUUCAGUUACUUAUUUCCAAAGGAUGUGAUGUUACCCAGGCUGAUGGUAUGAGGGGAAACACACCUUUGACAGCUGCUUGUAUGGGAGGAAAUGAUAAAAUAGUUCAGUUACUUAUUUACAAAGGAUGUGAUGUUACCCAGGCUGAUGGUAUGGGGGGAACACCUUUGACAGCUGCUUGUGAGGGAGGAAAUGAUAAAAUAGUUCAGUUACUUAUUGACAAAGGUUGUGAUGUUACCCAGACUAAUGGUAGAAUGGGAACACCUUUGACAGCUGCUUGUGAGGGAGGAAAUGAUAAAAUAGUUCAGUUACUUAUUGACAAAGGAUGUGAUGUUACCCAGGCUGAUAGUAGGGGGGAAACACCUUUGACAGCUGCUUGUGAGGGAGGAAAUGAUAAAAUAGUUCAGUUACUUAUUGACAAAGGAUGUGAUGUUACCCAGACUAAUGGUAGAGGGGGAACACCUUUGACAGCUGCUUGUAAGGGAGGACAUGAUACAAUAGUUCAGUUACUUAUUAACAAAGGAUGUGAUGUUACCCAGGCUGAUAGUAAGGGGGAAACACCUUUGACAGCUGCUUGUGAGAGAAGAAAUGAUAAAAUAGUUCAGUUACUUAUUGACAAAGGAUGUGAUGUUACCCAGACUAAUGGUAGAGGGGGAACACCUUUGACAGCUGCUUGUAAAGGAGGAAUUUAUAAAAUAGUUCAGUUACUUAUUAACAAAGGAUGUGAUGUUACCCAGGCUGAUAGUAGGGGGGAAACACCUUUGACAGCUGCUUGUGAGGGAGGAAAUGAUAAAAUAGUUCAGUUACUUAUUGACAAAGGAUGUGAUGUUACCCAGACUAAUGGUAGAGGGGGAACACCUUUGACAGCUGCUUGUAAGGGAGGAAAUGAUAAAAUAGUUCAGUUACUUAUUGACAAAGGAUGUGAUGUUACCCAGGCUGAAAGUAGGGGGGAAACACUUUUGACAGCUGCUUGUCAGGGAGGAAAUGAUAAAAUAGUUCAGUUACUUAUUGACAAAGGAUGUGAUGUUACCCAGACUAAUGGUAGAGGGGGAACACCUUUGACAGCUGCUUGUGAGGGACGACAUGAUAAAAUAGUUCAGUUACUUAUUAACAAAGGAUGUGAUGUUACCCAGGCUGAUAGUAGGUGGAGGACACCUUUGACAGCUGCUUGUGAGGGAGGAAAAGGUAAAAUAGUUCAGUUACUUAUUGACAAAGGUUGUGAUGUUAACCAGGCUGAUGGUGGGGGGUCAACACCUUUGACAGCUGCUUGUGAGGACGGAAAUGAUAGAAUAGUACAGUUACUUAUUGACGAAGGAUGUGAUGUUACCCAGGAUGAUGGUAUGGAGAGAACACCUUUGACAGUUGCUUGUUUGGGAGGAAAUGAUAAAAUAGUUCAGUUACUUAUUGACAAAGGAUGUGAUGUUGCCCAGACUAAUGGUAGAUGGGGAACACCUUUGACAGCUGCUUGUAAUGGAGGACAUGAUAAAAUAGUUCAGUUACUUAUUAACAAAGGAUGUGAUGUUACCCAGGCUGAUAGUAUGGGGGAAACACCUUUGACAGCUGCUUGUGAGGGAGGAAAUGAUAAAAUAGUUCAGUUUCUUAUUGACAAAGGAUGUGAUGUUACCCAGACUAAUGGUAGAGGGGGAACACCUUUGACAGCUGCUUGUAAGGGAGGACAUGAUAAAAUAGUUCAUUUACUUAUUAACAAAGGAUGUGAUGUUACCCAGGCUGAUAGUAGGGGGGAAACACCUUUGACAGCUGCUUGUGAGGGAGGAAAUGAUAAAAUAGUUCAGUUACUUAUUAACAAAGGAUGUGAUUUCGAGUUACUUAUUGACAAAGGAUGUGAUGUUACCCAGACUUAUGGUAUGUUGAUAACACCUUUGACAGCUGCUUGUGAGGGAGGAAAUGAUACAAUAGUUCAGUUACUUAUUGACAAAGGAUGUGAUGUUCACCGGGCUGAUGUUAAGGGGUCAACACCUUUGACAGUGGCUUGUGAGGAAGGAAAUGAUACAAUAGUUCAGUUACUUAUUGACAAAGGAUGUGAUGUUAACCGGGCCGAUGGUAUGGGGUCAACACCUUUGACAGCUGCUUGUAAGGGUGGAAAUGAUAAAAUAGUUCAGUUACUUAUUAACAAAGGAUGUGAUGUUACCCAGGCUGAUAGUAGGUUUGACGAAGGAUGUAAUGUUACCCAGGCCAUUGAAACGAAUGAUACACCUUUGACAGCUGCUUGUCUGCGAGGAAAAGAGAAAAUAGUCCAGUUCCUUAUUUACAAAGGAUGUGAUGUAACCCAGGCUGAUGGUAUGGGACAGACACCUAUGACAGCUGCUUGUUGGAGAGGAAAUGAGAAGAUAGUACAGUUACUUAUUGAAAAGGGAUGUGAUGUUAACCAAACUUGUGUUGCGGAAUGUACACAAAUGACAGUUGCUUGUAUGGGAGGAAAUGAGAAGAUUGUACAGUUACUUAUUGACAAAAGAUGUGAUUUUACCCAGGCUGAUGGUAUGGGACAGACACCUAUUACAGCAGCUUGUCGGGGAGGCAAUACGAAAGUAUUACAAGUACUAAUUGACAAAGGAUGUGAUUUUUACCAAAUUGAUAAUAUGGGACAUACACCUUUAACAGCUGCUUGUGUGGAAAGUAGAAACAACUUAGUACAAUUACUUAUACAAAAAAGGAUGUGAUAUCAACCAGGUAAAUGGUAAUGGAGAUACACCAUUGAAAGUAGCUUGUAAAGGAGGAAAUAAAAAGUUUGUACAGUUUCUUCUCAACAAAGGAUGUGAUGUGGUAGAGGACCAUUUAAUGGCUGCUUAUAACAGAGGAAAUGAUAAAAUAGUACAGUUACUUAAAGAUCGUGUACAUGUUGAGGAUAUGAUCAAACAAUCCUGACAGCUGAAGACAUGAAAAGAAAUUGCUAUAACGACAAAGGAAGUAAUGCUAACCAGGCUAAUGAAGAGGAUGAAUCAUUUCUACAAAUAAGAAGAUAACGCAGAUUAAUGAAAAGCUUAUAUUAUAAAAACUUAAAAGUAACCAAAUACACAACAAAAAUACCAAAGGUAAAACUUUCAAAUUCUAUUGAACUGUAACAUAACACUGUGUAAAGU